AUGGAAUACCCUGUUUUCUUCGAGUGCCAGACUCUGGACACAUCACAGAAAGAGAAGAUAAAAAAGUACUUUGAAAUUCGCCGUAAAUCCGGUGGCGGAGAUUGUGGACCAGUAGAAUCAGUUGGUGAUAACGUUUACAAGAUCGCGUUUAUUGACCAGAAAGGUAUGAAAAUGUUUCGUCGAAGUGAUCGGAUAUUGAGUGCCUUUUUUACCAUAUAGCCUACUCGAAAUUUGGUUUACAGUGAAAGCCGGUUCACAAUUUCAUUUCAUAAUUGUUUUAUUUAUUCUAUGUCCUAUUUGAUUAAUAUGUAUUCUUUGAAUAGGCCUACACUUGGAUAAAACAAUAAUAUUCAAGCUUUCUAUGAGGAUAUGUUAAAUCAUUAUGUUAUGCAACAAAUAUAUAUGGUGUAGUCUUAAGUUUCACUUUCACAUAGACAGGAUGCAGACAGACAUGUAUAAAUAGGCAUUUCCUUAGGCAUUUCAUUAGGCUAUAUUGAUUAAUUCAGCAGUACUUUAUCAAUCAAAGACGUUUUAAUAACUUUUAAGAUUAAUUAAGAACGUUAUAGAUGUACAUACAGUAUAUGACUUUAUAGAUCAUAUCACAACUCCUCUAGUUUAUGCCGUAGGCGCCUGACUUUGUAGGUGCAAAUUGUUUUAGAAUUUUAAAAACCAUUUAUUGCAAUUCUAUUCACAGGGGGAAUCCAUAUUAAUGAACAGAACACACAACUAUUUUUCUUAGGUUUUGCCACAAUAUAUGAUAUUCAAAAUGUGUUUUAAUGACUAGAUCACCAUUCUACUCCCUUCCCUGAAAACCCCACCCAUAGUGGUUAAAUGUCAGGUCUGAAACCCUACCAACUCUGUAACACACAAAUAUCCUGCUUCUCUCCUGACAAUCCCACACACAGUGAUCGAUUGACAGGCCAAACUGCUAUGAAUAUGGCCAGAAUAACCCAUGACAAUUAGUAAAUUAAAUCGACAUACACACACAUAACAGUUUGGACUGUCAAUCGAUUAGCCAUAGUGACUUCCGACUAAUUAUGAUUGAUUAAGAUAUUUGACAACAAAUGGUGAAAAAACAGAAAUAUCAUCAAAAGUAUUAGGAAUAACAAAAGUGUCUUAGCAAGCACUUUACUUGACCGUUAUGCUUUUCCUCCAACAUUUACUUUUUUACGGCACAAUUGUUUGAAGCACUGUCACAGUUUCCCCAUGAAUUUUAAUUACGUGGCUCAGCAGCACAGUACAGUACCUUUGGAAAGUAUUCAGACCCCUUGACCUUUUCCACAUUUUGUUACGUUACAGCCUUAUUCUAAUAUGGAUUAAAUACAUAAAACAUCCUCAGCAAUCUACACACAAUACCCCAUCAUGACAAAGCAAAAAAAGGUUUUUAGAAAUGUUUGCACAAUUAUUAAAAAUAACUUUACAUAAGUAUUCAGAACCUUUGCUAUGAGACUCGAAAUUGAGCUCAGGUGCAUCCUGUUUCCAUUGAUCCUCCUUGAGAUGUUUCUACAACUUGAUUGGAGUCCACCUGUGGUAAAUUAAAUUGAUUGGACAUGAUUUGGAAAGGCACACACCUGUCUAUAUAAGGUCCUACAGUUGACAGUGCAUGUCAGAGCAAAAAACAAGCCAUGAGGUCAAAGGAAUUGUUAAUAGAGCUCAGUGUCUAGGCACAGAUCUGGGGAAGGGUACCAAAAAAUUUCUGCAGCAUUGAAGGUCACCAAGAACCACCAAGACUCUUCCUAGAGCUCGCUGCCCGGCCAAACUGAGCAAUCGGGGGAGAAGGGCCUUGGUCAGGUAGGUGACCAAGAACCUGAUGGUCACUCUGACAGAGCUCUAGAGUUCCUCUUUGGGGUAUGGGAGAACAUUCCAGAUGGAUAACCAUCUCUGCAGCACUCCACCAAUCAGGCCUUUAUUGUAGAGUGGCCAGACGGAAGCCACUCCUCGGUAAAAGGCACAUGACAGCCCGCUUGGAGUUUGCCAAAAGGCACCAAAAGGACUCUCAGACCAUGAGAAACCAGAUUCUCUGGUCUGAAGAAACCAAGAUUGAACUCUUUGGCCUGAACGCCAAGCAUCACUUCUGGAGGAAACCUGGCACCAUUCCUACAGUGAAGCAUGGUGGUGGCAGCAUCAUGCUGUGGGGAUGUUUUUCAGCGGCAGGGAGUGGGAUACACUCAGGAUCGAGUGAAAGAUGAACAGAGCAAAGUACAGAGAGAUCCUUGAUGGAAACCUGCUCCAGAGCACUCAGGACCUCAGACUGGGGCGAAGGUUCACCUUCCAACAGGACAAUGACCCUAAGCACACAGCCAAGACAACACAGGAGUGGCUUCGGGACAAGUCUCUGAAUGGCCAGCCACAGCCCGGACUUGAACAUGAUCGAACAUCUCUGGAGAGACCUGUUUUUGCUUUGUCAUUAUGGUGUAUUGUAUGUAGAUUGAUGAGGGGGAAAAAAACAAUUUAAUCAAUUUUAGAAUAAGGCUGUAACGUAACAAAUUGUGGAAAAAGUCAAGGGGUCUGAAUACUUUCCGAAGGCACUGUAUUAUUAAGCCUAGUGAUUAUUUCUUAUUAUCUACUUGAUAGCUAAUCAUAGAGCUCAACAGCUUGUAGUCCCAAAACCCGGAAAUGAGUUACCUCUGGUUCUUUCAACCAUUCCUAUGGGGAAAAUAAAUUGAGAAAGAAUAGGGUUUUGGUAUGAAUGCUGAAAAUAAGGUCUGAGGUUAACACAGGCUUAAGAGGCCUUAUACGUUUUGUUCUAUAGUAUGAGAUAAUAUCAGUCAGUUAACAUGACCAUUUUGAAUUAUGAACUCUUUAGUGUGCUUUAUGAGCUUUUUUUGAUUACAUAAAUGCUUCAAGAUUCACAAAAACUCAAUUAAUUUCCCCAUAGGCUUUGUCCAACGAACUAUGGUGGAUUUAGUGCCUACCUGCAGUUUUCUGCAAAGGUGCAACCUUUGGUAGGCUGAUGGAAGGCUACUCAGACUUAUUGGGAGAAUCUCAAUUGCAUACUCCUCGCGUCCUCUCUCCCCACCUAAUUUAAAAAAACUCAUAAGACAUAAAAUAACAAUACAAAUGUAACAACAAAAUAGAUAAAACAAAUAUUUUGCAGGUGCCUUUUCAUUUUAAACACCAGCGGUGCAACCAAUGAUAUUGGAAGAUAUAGAAAUGAAUUUAGUAUUGUCUACAUUCGUUUUUGACACUUUUAUUCUAUUAUAUAAAUAAAUAAUGCAUACUUUUAAAUUAUAUUAUGUGAGCUAAAAAGAAAAAAAAGAAGAAGAAGUAUAUAAAAACAGUUUCCUUAAAGUAUAUUUUUAGAGAGUACUAAUGUUCCUGUCCCCACUACAACAACAACAAUACUUAAAUACAUGUAAUUUUGUCCUUGAAACAUUUAAUUGAAAUACUGUAGAAUUCCAUGUAUUCCUAUGGAGGACUGCUCGUACUGGGGAAUGCCAAUAUGGCCGACUGGUGGCUUCAAAGCCUCUCAAUGGCCAACACAUAGGAUCAGUAAUCCAGGGGUUAUAUACAUCAUUGUGUGCAACUAGUACAGAAAGCACUGAACCAAAACAGUGGUGUGGGAGCAAAGCAAAACUUUCCAGUGGGUAAAACUAUUCACCUUGAGGAGACGUGGGGAGGGGGUGCAAAAUGCAAUCUGUUAAUUAUUAUAUAAUAUAUAAAAUGGACAUAUAUAUUUUAAUACAGACUAGCUCAAAACAUGACUAAUAAUUGAAAACGACAAAUUACCCAAUGGAUCAUAAUACUUUUCUGUUAAGAAAGUGGGGGUGCAGAAACAUAUGUUUGCAACCUAUUUUGAAAGUGGGGAAGCAGCUGCUACGUUUGCUCCAUUGCUCAGGCGUCUAUGGCCUAUGCCUCUAACUCUUCAAGUUCUGGACUAAAUGCAAAAUGAUUCAUAAAUACAGUAAAACGUAUAAUUAUUGUUAUUAUUGUUGUUAUUGUUGUUAUUAUUACUACUACUACUACUACUACUACUACUACUACAUUACAACUACAAAAACAACAACAACUUAUUAUGACUCUGUAAUUAUUCCAGUACAGGAGAGGGUACUUCAGAAACCUAAUCAUGAGUUGGAGAUGCCUGGAGGACCUCUCUCCCUCACUCUGAGAGGCAGCCUGGAGCCUCCACCCACAACAACCUCUCCAGUCAGCAGUCAGGAGGUGAGGCCAGACUAA